ACUACAGGCCUUACCUAAAGACUCUGUAAUCACUGAGACCAUGACAGAGCCUGAGGAAGUCACAACUAUACGUAGAGUUAUCAGAAAGAGGAUUAUCAAAAGGAUAGUUAUGAUUGAUGGCAAACCCGUUGAGACAGAGGAGGUUGUGGAAGAACCUGAAGACGUCAGUGAAGAAACAGUUAAAGCCUUACCUGCUGAUUCUGUUGUCACUGAAACUAUUACAGAGCCUGAUGUCACCACAACUCACAGAAUUGUUAGAAGAGUCAUUAAAAAGAUCAUUAUGGUUGAUGGUAAACCUGUUGAGACAGAAGAAGUUGUGGAAGAACCAGAUGUCAGUGAGAUGAUUCAGAGCAUAAAACCAACUGAUACUGCCAUUACUGAAGAAAUUACAGAACCCACAGUUUCCAGAGUAAUUCAUAAAAGAAUUAUGGUUGAUGGCAAACCAGUAGAAAGAGAGGAAGUCAUAAACAAGCCUGUGGACAUUAGUGGAGAAAUGGUUGAGAGAACACCAGGAGAUUUGACCAUCACAGAACCUGAUGAAGUAAGUACCACAACUGUGCGUAGAAUCAUUAGGAAGAGAAUCAUCAAAAAGAUUGUGAUGAUUGAUGGUAAACCUGUAGAAACUGAGGAAGUCAUUGAGGAGCCUGAGGAAGUUAGUGAAGAGAUGGUUGAGGGAAUGCCAGGAGAAUCAGUUAUCACGGAGACCAUAAAAGAACCUGAAGAAGUAACUACAAUUCAUAGAAUCAUCAGGAGAAGAAUCAUCAAGAAGAUCAUUAUGGUCGAUGGUAAACCUGUUGAGACUGAAGAGGUUGUGGAAGAGCCUGAGGAAGUAACCGGGGAAAUGAUCGAGGCAAAACCAGGAGAAUCAGUUAUCACUGAGACCAUCACAGAACCUGAUGAAGUAACCACAACAACUGUACGUAGAAUCAUCAGGAGGAGAGUCAUCAAAAAGAUUGUGAUGAUUGACGGUAAACCUGUUGAGACAGAAGAAGUUAUCGAGGAGCCUGAGGAAGUAAGUGAAGAGAUGGUUGAAGGAGCUCCAGAAGAAUCAUUCAUCACUGAGACUAUCACUGAACCUGAGGAUGUGAUUACCACUCACAGAAUUAUCAGGAGAAGAGUCAUCAAGAAGAUCAUUAUGGUUGAUGGUAAACCUGUAGAAACGGAGGAGGUUGUGGAGGAACCUGAGGAAGUCACUGAAGAGGAGUUGCAAACCUUACCUAAAGACUCUGUAAUCACUGAGACCAUCACAGAACCUGAAGAGGUGACCACAACUCAUAGAAUCAUCAGGAGAAGAGUCAUCAAGAAGAUCAUCAUGGUUGAUGGUAAACCUGUAGAGACUGAAGAAGUCGUUGAGGAACCCGAGGAAAUUAGCAAAGAGAUGAUUGACGGAGUGCAAGAUAAAUCAGUCAUCACAGAGACCAUGAUGGAACCUGAAGGGAUAACUACAAUUCAGAAAAUCAUUAGAAGAGUUAAGAAGAUCAUUAUGGUUGAUGGUAAACCAGUAGAGACCGAAGAGGUAAUGGAGGAGCCAGAAGAGGUCAGUAAGAUGCAAACCUUGCCCAAAGAUUCUGUUGUAACUGAGACCACCACAGAACCUGAAGAGGUGACCACAACUCAUAGAAUCAUCAGGAGAAGAGUCAUCAAGAAGAUCAUUAUGGUCGAUGGUAAACCUGUUGAGACUGAAGAGGUGGUGGAAGAGCCUGAGGAAGUAACCGGGGAAAUGGCUGAGGCAAAACCAGGAGAAUCAGUUAUCACUGAGACCAUCACAGAACCUGAUGAGGUGACCACAACAACUGUGCAUAGAAUCAUCAGGAGGAGAAUCAUUAAAAAGAUUGUGAUGAUUGAUGGUAAACCUGUAGAAACUGAGGAAGUUGUAGAAGAACCAGAAGAGGUUAGCGAAGAGGAGUUGCAAGCCUUACCUAAAGACUCUGUAAUCACUGAGACUAUCACAGAACCUGAAGAGGUGAUCACUACUCAUAGAAUCAUCAGGAGAAGAAUCAUCAAGAAAAUCAUUAUGGUUGAUGGCAAACCUGUGGAGACUGAGGAAGUAGUAGAAGAACCUGAGGAAAGUACAGAUGGAGAACCUGUACCUAUUAUUUCUGGAGGUACGCGUGUUGUGAAAAAGAAUGUUAAGAUCAAACGUAUUGUACGGAUUGUUGAUGGUAAAGAGGUUGUCGAAGAAGAAAGAUCUGAGACUCCAGAAGAAGUGCUUGAGUAUCCUGAAGGUACAGGCAGUGACCAGCCUUUAACUUUACCAAUCAGUCAGGACAUAGAAAGCAUACUUUCCGAUGCUGCCCAGUCCCCAGAGACUCCAGUUCAGCAAGCCAGGGUCAUCCGUCAAUUGCGGAUUGUGGAUGGUCAACCAGUUGUAUCUGAAGAAAUCCUGGAAGGAGCUGAAAAUAUACCAAGUGAUACCAGUGUUUUGGAAACACGAAAUAUCCAAGUUCAUGCUGUCAGACGUAGAAUGAAGGUAAUUCGUCGUGUACAGAUCAUCAAUGGAGAAAGAGUUGUAACAGAAGAAGUUGUUGAAGAACCAGAGACAGAGUUUGGAAUGCCAGAAGAUGGAUCUGGAGUUACUGUCACUGACAUGACCGAAGGUACUCCAUUCCCCAUACCUCAGACAGAAAUUUCUGAAGCCCCAUCUCCAUCUUCUGUAAUUCCUCUUCAGUGGGAAGAAAAAACCUAUCCUUCAGGCAUUCCCAAGAGUGAACCAGAAGAAAAAAUCACAGGAGAAGCUUACAAGAUCACUGAGGUGAUGUCCAAAAAGCCUCCAACAGAAGAACGCCCUCAGGAUCCAUUCCCAGCACCAGUGAGCUCUUUCCCAGCCCCAGCUCCAGUCUCUGAUGCAAAACCAAAGGAUGCAGCUGAGAUCUGGUCUGGAACUCUUUACACCAAAGCUAGUGUAGAUGAUUCCUCAAAAGAGCCCAUCCCAGAUACUGCUGGUCAGGCUCCAGCCUUCCCUGAACAGCCAGCUCAUCAUGAAUCUGAGGAAGAUUUUGAACCAUAUCCUCAGCCUGGUGACAGUCAAGGAGAAGAACCAUGGGAGGAAAUAGCCCAUGAUCUUAUUGGAGUAACACGUGAGAUAUCUUUGACAACUGAUAGUGACUCAAGAGAAGUCAAAGACUCUGAAGACCAGAAGACCAAAGCAUUCCCAAGCCCUGGAGAUCUGGCAGUUCGGCCUGAAGAUCUCAAGCCUGUUUCUAAAGAAAGAAGAUCUAGUGUAGGUGAAUCAUUCCCUUCAUUUAAAAGAAGAGAUAGUGGUGUUGCAGAAUUGUGCAAGAUAUUUGAAUCUCCUACAAAGAGCUAUGAUACACCUGUAUACCAGAGACCGAAACCAGUUGUGACAAGAGAGAAAAUCCAGGAUACUACUAAACCUUAUAAGUCUGUGGAAAUACCAGCUUGGCCCCCUAGCAAAGAAAAAGAUUCAUCUGUAAAGCCGUUCCCCAGACCAGUAGGGGACGUACCCCUGCCAUCCUACAAAGAUUCUACUGUGCCAAGGGAUCCAAUCAACAGAUAG